AUGGGUCAUUGUGGUCAGGUGCCAGCGAGGUUAUCCCAGCUUCUUACCCCUUUACAGGCGAUGACCCGCGGAUGGGUCCCCGACCCUGGCAGCCGGGGGCGGCGGUGACCUCGAGCCCCGGCACUGCCCCUUCCUGGGGGGCGGACAUGGGCUGGAGCCGCCGCCCAUGGCUGGGCUCCCCCCGCUGCACGGCCCCGACCCCUGACUGGAGGCAGGAGGUGCCCUGCAGAAUGCCCUGGGCCGCUCGGGAUCAGGGGCUGGUCAGCUUCACCGGCGCGGCACUGCCAUGCACCCGCCAGCUGCCCCACGUGGCGUCGCUGGCCCUCAAACGCCGCCUGGAGAAGGAAGAGCAGCAGCCUGGCCCAAAGCAGUUCCUGUCGGAGGAGAAGAUGGCGGCCCGCUUCAACACGCUGAGCCUGGAGAACGACCACGUCUACAGCGGCAACGGGUUCCCCGCCCGGGGCCCGGCGCCCGACCCCGCCUGGGCGCAGUGGGUGCAGGAUUACGCCCGCUGCCGGCAGCCAGAGCAGAGGCUGCCCCCGGCUGGAGGGAGCGAGGACGCCAGCGGGGCGGAGGCCGAGGAGGGCAGCGUGGUGCUGGAGGGGGAGUUCAGCAUGGCCGACUGCACCCCCCUCAGCCUGGCAGAGCCGGGCCUCCUGCAGUACCUGAACCCCGCGACGGAGCUGGUGCUGUGGACCCCCCCAGGUAGCCAGGUGCCCCACUCCAUCCGGACCUUCAUGCUGCCCCCCAGCGCCCUGGCUGCCCCCCCGCUGCUCCUCCCGGGCCGGGGGCAGGGGGCGCAGCCGGAGCAGAUGGAGCUGUGAUGCAGGACCGUUCCCCAUCCCAGCUGGGGAGACGCUGGCUAUGGACUCACCCCAGACAGACCCACAGGGGCUGGACGCACCCUGUCGCCAGCGCAGCGAGCUUCCCCGCAGCAGUGCCCCCAGCUGGGGCCUCUCCACCACUGCGACCACAAGAUGAACUGUACUGAAGUUUGUGCGUCUCGCCCGCUGCCCGGGAGUCAAUAAAGAAGGAGAGAGCCCUGA